CGGGGCCUGCCGGCAGUCCGCGGGCGCUGCGGGCGGGGCGGGCACAAGAUGGCGGCGAUGCGGGCCGUGUGCGUGAUGCGCGGCGAGGGCGCCGUGGAGGGCGUCAUCCACUUCGAGCAGCAGGGUACCGGACCGGUGAAAGUGACUGGGAAAAUCACUGGCUUGGCCGACGGAGAGCACGGCUUCCACGUGCACGAGUUCGGGGACAACACCAAUGGGUGCACCAGUGCUGGCCCCCACUUCAACCCGCAGCAGAAGAACCACGGCGGUCCCAGCGACGCCGAGAGGCACGUGGGAGACCUGGGCAAUGUGCUUGCCAAGGGAGGCGUGGCCGAGGUGUCCAUGCAGGAUUCCGUCAUUUCCCUCUCGGGACCACACUGCAUCAUCGGCCGCACCAUGGUGGUGCACGAGAAGCGGGAUGACCUGGGCAAGGGGGGCAACGACGAGAGCCUGAAGACUGGAAACGCGGGGCCCCGCCUGGCCUGCGGGGUCAUUGGGAUUGCCAAGAGCUAAGCGUGGUACCUGCCGUGCUCUUCUGCUGCUCUUGCCCUUCCUCCUGCAAGUUCAACAUGUGUCAUUAACCUCCUGCUCCUCUGCAUCCCGAGCAGCACGCACACGCCGGAGACUGACCGAGUUUUGUAUGAUGUACAUUCAAUUAAAGUGUCCCUCAUGGAACGGC